ACCGCGAUCAUCUACCUUCUUCGACGAUGCAACUGUAUCUGGAGCUCCUUUCCUCUUUCGAGCCAUUUCGAUUUGUUGACGAGAUCGAAGUGUGUGUGCAGUUUGAAUGUAAACGUUCAAAAUAACACAAUUUCAGCUUUCUGUACACUUUUAUACACCGCAGUGUGGCGGACAUAAAAGCCUAUUUUUAGGUGACAGGUUUGAGCUUGUUGGCUCUAUUUACGGUCCACAAACUACACACACUGACACGCCCAUCCCAUUCGGUGCAGAUCACGUCACGAUCAUGGCCCUGGCCGGCGAGGCCGGCCUGGCUGCGCUCGCGCGCUGGCGCCAGGGCUAGCUAGGGCCGGCGGAAUUAAUUAGCAGGAAUAGCAGCGCAGGUUGGAGUCUUGGAGAAAAUUAACUUCGCUUUUCCGUCUUCGAUGAUGGCAAGAUAUAUCACAGGAGUCUAUCAGAGCGGAGGCUUCUCUUUCAGUAGAGUGCCUCAUCAUAGUCUCAUUUCAAGGCUAAAUCUUUGUCUCUCAACCUCACCUGGCAGGUCGGCUGUGCUUCAACCUUGUACAUGCACAUUAAAUAUCACUGACUUGAAAAAGGCUAGAACUAUAUCCACAUGGAGGUCAAAUACAGCUUUGGAAUGUACAAGGAAACACGGAUUUAUCUGUGGGAGAUUAAUCCAUACAUCUGAGAAGAGACCAGCACCUCCUGUUGCUGUCUGGUUGGCUCUUAAAACAUUAGCCAAGACUGCUGCCAUUGUCACCGGAAGAACCCUUAGGAACAGAUGGAGAGAUCACCCGAAACACAAACAUAAAACAACUAGUGAGAGGAUACAAGAGAAUAAAACGAAGAUCAUCGCUGGUAUACUAGGAAUGAUUGGUUUUGGAAUUGGUUAUUAUUACUAUCAUAUAGACUAUACACCAUUAACCAAUAGACCAAGGUUUAUACUCUUCAACAAGACUCAGUUUGAGAAGAUAGUCGAUGAGGAAUAUAAAAUGUAUUGUGAGACAUAUAAGGACAGUUUUGUACCAACAAACCAUAAGAUCUAUGGCGUAAUCUCUGGGAUAAUUAUGCAGCUGAUUAAAGGGAACCAAGACGUAGCUCAGAUACGAAAUCAGACCUGGACCAUUCAUGUCAUUGACAAGAAUAUCAAGAAUGCUUUUGUCCUCCCAAAUGGUCAUAUAUUUGUAUUUACUGGGAUACUACAAGCUACUGAUAACAUAGAGCAACUAGGGACAGUGCUGGCUCAUGAAAUGGCACAUGUUGUUCUUAAUCAUUCAGCAGAGAUGGCAAGUUUCUUUGAGUUCUUUGAUCUCUUCAUGAUUGUUGUAUUGACGGUUCUCUGGGCUUUCCUUCCGAAUGAUGGUAUUGCAUUGGUGGCUACGUGGUUUAAACAGAAGGUGGUGGAGUUGUUACUGCAUAUGCCUUACAAUAGAAGUCUUGAGAUUGAGGCUGAUGAAGUUGGCUUGAUGCUUGCAGCCAAGAGCUGUAUUGAUGUACGAGAGUGCAAAGCAUUCUGGGAAGCAAUGGAUGUAGCUCAGAUCUCAACUGGAGAACCUGAACCUCUAGAGUUCCUCAGUACGCAUCCAUCCCAUCAAAGAAGAGCUGACUAUAUAGAAUCAUUAUUACCAAAGGCCAUCAAAGUUAGACAGUACUGCAACUGCCCUGAACUGCCUCAAAGAAUCCCUACCCAAAGAGCUGUCAUCCAAAAGUCAAUUCCUGCGCUUCCUGCAGCAUGAAGUAGGUGUGUCUUUGGAGAGUACUCUCACUGUAGUGGAGCUACAUGUAGACAACAGAGUGAAGAGGAAAGAAAAACUCAAACCAUCUGACAUCUUAGAUGCCUUCCAUUGUGGCUGAUAGUGCUUCCUGCUUCAGGACAAUUACCCCAGGAGGACGUCUUGUCAUUUUACAUUCAUAUGGUUCCUCUAUCAAAAAUCCCCUGGAGGGAUUGCUCUAGGAUAAGAGCUCUAAGAUGGACCUGGAAGACAUUUGAAAACUUUCCAGAGGACAGAGCUAGUUGCUAGAAGAGUUAACCUCAAAGUGAUUAUUGAUACUGCUGGGCACAUUUGGAGUUUUGAGUUACAGUAUUGCAAGGACAUUAGGACAAGGCCCAUGUCAAUGUCGGAAAUACUCAGCUUUAACCCAAGUUUGCUUAUGAAAUGUUCCUGUAUGUAUUGUACAUGUAUAUUAGGUAAGUGAUAACUUUCAUUCUUCAAAAUCUUAUAGAACUAACUUCCUGUUUUCAUUACAAAAGAGGCAGAGGGAAAUAAGCUGAGGGUAUUUCCUUCCAGAAUAUUUAUUUAUUUUCAGUUGUAUUUAAUCAGGGUGGCCUCAUCAGUUAACAAGCUGCUGUCCUUGAGGGCUCAGAGAUAAAAAAUCAAUAUGUACAAUAAUUACAAAGAAUGAAUACAUAAAUCAAAACGGCAUACACUAAAACAACAGGUAUAUAAGAAACAUUAAAAAUACAAUCCAAUAAAAGAUCAAAAUUGAAUUUCAAGAAAAGGUAACUUCAAUGUUAAGAAAGGAAAAAGAAAAUGGAAUUGGAAACUGCUGAAUACGAUUUAACGGGAAAAGGAAGGAUGACUGGCAACAGAGUAAUGUUCAAUUGAUUGGUAAUAAUUUGAGUACAGAUUAUAAUGUUUGCCAAAUUAGAAUAUAAAUCAAUAGCUCAAUGUUACUCUUGCAUUGCAAGGCCUAUCAAUGUUUUAUUUGUUAAACAAGGCACGGAAUGAGUUGAGGGACAUAGCCUGGCGUUGAUCUUUCCUAAGAUUAUUCCAUUAUUCCAUUCUGAGGUCCCUAUGUACUGAAAUAUAAUUAGAUACAUGUAGUCCCUGUAACAGCCUCCAUUAAUUGCUGUUUGCCUCAAUGUAAUUUGAAAUUUGGAAUUUGUAUUUAUCAAGAACAACAUCAACACAAAGUUAUAAAUCAUGUACAGUUAUUUUCAAAUGCAUACAUGUGCAUACAGACAUAUUCAGACGUUAGUUACAAAGUACUUUUACAAGAAAAAUAAAUUACAAAACCCUGACAACUGUACGUACAUGUACAGUAUUCGUAUUGACAUUGAACGAUAAACAGAAUUUGGUUGACUCCUUUUUAAUGAUGUGCACAAAAACAUUGCAUUGAAAUUGAAAUUACAUGGAGCAGAUUUUGAUAGUGAUAAGGGAUGUAAACUGUACAAAAAAAAAUGAAAUUUGCGCAAUUUAAAAGGAUUAAAAACAGAAUAGCCCCGUACAGAAACCAUCCUCUCCCCCUGCCCCUUGCUGUCCGGUUGUGUUUGAAUGAGUAGGUCUCAUUACAUUGCAAACUCAAUGUGACAAUUGUAAUUGAGAGAAGAAACGCCCUCUAUAGUUUUAAAGAUGUUAGUUUUUCAAACCAAUUUGAAAGGGACAUCAAGGGAAGGGGGAGAGAUGUUUCAUGAAGUUGUUUGUAAAGUUACACAUGACUUUAUGAAUUGAUUGCAUAAAAGUCAUGUGUACAUGUAACUUUACAAACAACUUCAUGAAACAUCUUUUAUUUAAUGAUAAGGCUUUUCUUUUCUCAGCACAUAAAUUUACUCUUUUUAGAAUCUUAUGAAAAUAUCUUUCCUAGAGUGAAGAUACAGGAUGACUUUUAAGUGCUUAAAUAAUUAUAUAGAAAGGUUUCAAAAUUGAAGUGAAACUAUAAAUUUCAGGUACAUUGUAAUAAUUGAUUAAAACUCAAUGAACUUCUUCAAGUAACAAUUUUUCUUAACCAAACAAGAAAUAUGAAUUUUUAUAUGAUUGGCAAUAUACAUGUAGAUACCAUCUUGUCUUGCUUCAAUAUCUCCCAGGGAGUGGGAAAAAGUGCAACCUUAUAAUAAUUGAUAAUUGAUGUAAAAUAUUAAAAGGUAACUGAUGUUGAAUUAAUAUCUAUGCAGAAUUAUGAGACUUUGUGAUCACAAUGCUUAAAUUAAUUGACUGAUAUCAUAUUUUAUAUUUAAAAAAAUCUACUUUUUACUGUUUACAUGUACCUUUUUUAAUUGUAAAUUGUAAAGAUUUUUUACUUUUGAUGUGCUCUAGAAUCUUUAUUAACAUGUAGUCAUGUUGAAAUCUGUGAUCAAGUAAUUAUAUUGUUUCUGAAAAUUUUACUCUAUAGAUGAGUAAUGUUUUUGGACACAUUACAAUCAUGGAUGGUGUGAAAUAAAAACAGAAAAUGCAACCGUAUCAAGCCAUGUUAGUUGAUAUCAAAUGUAUUCUCAAUGAGAGAUGAAAAUUCAGUCUUACCGUGUGUCUAAACUCAUACUGACUACAUUUGCAAGCCAGGAGUGGAGAAUGUGCAUUAGUAGUACAUUAAUUAAAUUGAAAUGAAUCAAGACAUUUAUCUGCAGACCACGAAGGAGACAUUUGGUGUAACAGUAAAUGGUUGAUGUCAUCACUGAAAUGACAUAAAAAUCUAGGCUUUGGUUAUAGAGAUGUUUGUCUACACUCUAAAAAACAAAGAGCGUGUAUAGUGACUGCACUUCAGAGUGCUGAUUUGUCUAGUUCAAAUUAGAACGAGAAAAGUCAGCACUCCGAAGUGCAGUCACUACAUGUAUACACGCUCUUUAAGAGCUAAAUUAGCUCUUCAUUUUUUAGAGUGUAUGUAGGAUUAUUUUAUUCCAAGAGAUGUUCUUUUUCAUGUUUUAAUGUUUUUUUAAUGCAUGAAUCUAUGUUGUAUGCCACCCGUGGGGGGGGCACUCAUAUAUAUAUUGGUGGUACGGUGACGUGCUGCUUUGAUGACCCCCUAUUUCAGACCUAAUUUUCAGUUUUCUAGAUACUCGAAAUGACAAAAAUUAAGUUUAGAAGCCGCCCAGCCCCGCUCGCAAGACCCACGUUCUGAGACAUCUCAGAUCCGCAGCCCUGCCAAAUAUUGUCAAGCGUGAGCACCGCAUGCGAGAGAUGCAAGUACGGCUUCGCAACUCCCACUAUAUAACUAGUACAUGUAGCCGCUCCAUGCAUGGCUAGCACAUGCACAGCGCUAGCGGGCAAUGUACCUACAGUGCCAUGAUCCUGUUCUGUAGACCCUGUUUUUCACACCGCCCGGUAUACAUUUAGUUCCGAAGACCCCGUACUUUACCCUUGUAGUCAGUUCCUUAGACCCCCAUUUCAGAGUUUUGUGAGGCACACCCCAUUUCGGGUAACAUAUUAAGGUUACAAAUCAUUUGACGUUACUUUUUAUGACAUAAACAAAAACUUAAUCAUAGGAAAUUAGAUGUUUACUGUUUCACAAAACUUCUGGGCUUAAUGAAUAAAGUAUCAAAACAACUUAUUUUUCUAUUCCUUGAAGCUUGUUUUCUUCAAUAAAGAGUAUAAUUUAAAUAAACUUAAGGGAUUAAAAAAAAAUGAAACCAGAAGAAUCUGUGGCAAGUUUUUUUUCUCACUAAAUUAUUUAUAGAAAAUGUUUGACAUUUUAUUAUCACUUUGUGACACUGCUGCUUUAUUGAAUCUUUGCAAUGAAGGCAAGGCUGUAAUUGAUGUUCAAUUUGUUUUGUUAAUAUUAAAGGGCAAGUCCAAGAAAAUGUCACACUAGAAGGCAAAAUUUCAUCUUUAAUUUAAAAAGUUAUCUUUGGUGGGGUUUGAAAGCCCAAAUGUUGAAUUUUAAAAUUUCAUUAAGAAAAAUUUGAUAAUAUGCAUAUUUAUGCUAAUUUGGGGCACCUAAUUUGCAUAAUUGGUAAAAUGGGCAUUACGUAUGGGACAAUUAUAAAAACUCAUAGAAAAUAAAAACAAAACUUGUGAGAUUUAGUCAUAGGUGGGACAUGGACCCCCUAACAUCUUAUUACUUUUGGGGGAAAAAGUGGUGUCAUCUAAUUAAUUAUGCAAAUUAGGUCUUGUCCAAGGAUGGAAUGUCCCAUACAUAACAUUUUGAGGAUGUUCUUUUAAGUUAUUUCUUAUAAAUAUAAUACUUGUAUUGUUGCAUCUCU